CCUUCUCUUUUACUUGCUUGCGACAAACUCUAAUUUGUAGACCUCCAUUUUGUUUUCCAAUUUCUCUUUCGCCUUUCCAGGGAGCAGCGAUGGCAUCUCUGAUCUCUGAAAUCCUAACAAUCUAACAUUCCGCAAGUGAAUGUAACAUGUGGUAUAUAUUGUUGCAUGUAUAAUAUUUUGUUGGGGUGGAUUUCGUACACAAUCUUACAUUGUUCUAACCUUGUAAGAAAAAAAAUGAAAUUACUUGGAGCCAAUGUAUGUGAUUUUGUAGAACUGUGGGAGUGGAUUUUUUUUACAUGAUCUUACAUUAUCCUAACCUUGUAGAAAAAAAAACUGCAGUGUUAAUGAAGCUCUGAUGAGUUGUUGAAUUGGCAAACUAAAAUAUAAAUGAUGGGUGCUGAAACUCCCAUGGAUUGAGCAGAGGAAAAAUAACUCUAGGAGUGAUGGAUGCACCUUGGCAGCUCCAUCACAGGCUAGCUACAAAAUGCAGUGAGCUGUGAAUUCUGGCCAAUGUUGGGAGCAGUGAAAAAUAACUCUAUAUGUCUAUAUAUGUGCUAAGUCAGUUAAUUGCUUGAAUUCCAUAGUACUGCUGGUUGGUUGGUUCUCUUGCUUUUUUUUUACCAUGGUAAGUUGGUAAAGUUCAGGAGGCAUUAAGUUGGCUGCAAGGCCGCUCCACAGAGAUAGCAGUGGAGUUGCUAGAUCUGCCAUUGGCCGAAGAACAUCCAAGUGAAGUGUUUUCUUCUUCCUUGCCUGCUUUGCUCUGGUCAUGCAGCAGUGCGCCGGCGAGGAUGAGGAGACCACUCCACUCUCCGGCGACCAGUCCUUCUUCACAGCCAUCAUGUGCAAGACCCACGUCCAGAAGCCUUAUCUGCUGAUCAUCCCGACCCACUUCCAGCGCCGGCUGCCGGCAAGGCGCGCGGCGGUGGUGCUCCGGUGCCGCGGGAGCUCGUGGAUCAUGAGCUACUGCGGUGACACCAAGCUGAAGAGGCUCGACCAGGGCUGGGAGCACUUCGCCGUCCACAACCGGCUGCAGGUCGGCGAUGCGUGUGUGUUCGAGCUGGUGUCCGGGUAUGCUGGAGAUGGCGGCAAAAGGGAGGUGGUGCUGGAGGUGCAGGUGCUUCGACGCGGUGGCCUGCCGGAGCCCGAGGAUCUCGCCACCAAAGGAGACACCGCCGACGAGGCCAUCAUCAUCUUGGACUAGUCAUCGAUAGUGAGAGCUGGCUGCACUUGUUGCUGGUGUAUGUAGAUUCAUUCAAUGUACGCGUGUCUUGUUUGUAAGACAUCGACCACCAUAUUAUUAUUAGCUUGCAUUUCA